UGCAUUUGCAGAAUGCCUAUUUCCAUGCAAGGACACGGUUUUUUAUGUGUCAGUCGCUAGGGGAACCCAUCGUGGUGAUGCAUGGACACACACUCAUCUAGAUUAAUAUACUGCUCAGGAUGUUGCAGCCGCAGCAGCCCAUCACGGGCAACGGGCCCAGCGCAAGCCGCGGUCUCGGGUUGAACGUCCACCCGGGAAUGCAUCCCCUUAACCCGGUGCACCCGCCUUCUCAACACCGCCCCGAUGGAGACCCCGUGGGCCUCGAAGGCACCGAAAAUGGACACAACAACCGCCGAGACAUUGGAGACAUCCUGCAACAGAUCAUGACGAUUACCGACCAAAGUUUAGACGAAGCUCAAGCAAAAAAACACGCUUUAAACUGUCAUCGGAUGAAACCGGCUUUAUUCAGCGUCCUGUGCGAAAUUAAGGAGAAAACUGGUCUUUCUAUGAGAAAUGCUCAGGAGGAGGAGCCACCAGACCCACAGCUCGUGCGAUUGGACAACAUGCUGCUGGCCGAAGGUGUGGCCGGUCCUGAAAAGGGGGGCGGAGCCGCUGCGGCGGUCUCUGCUGCGACCAGCUCUGGCGGGAUGUCACCUGACAGCUCACUGGAGCACUCCGACUAUAAAAGCAAGUUGAGCCAAAUUCGGAACAUUUACCACACAGAGCUGGAAAAAUACGAGCAGGCCUGCAGUGAGUUCACCACCCAUGUUAUGAACCUCCUGAGGGAGCAGUCUCGCACCCGUCCCGUGUCUCCGCGUGAGAUCGAGCGUAUGGUGGCCAUCAUCCACCGCAAGUUCAGCUCCAUCCAGACGCAGCUCAAACAGAGCACCUGUGAAGCGGUCAUGAUACUGCGCUCACGCUUUCUGGACGCCAGGCGUAAACGGCGUAAUUUUAGCAAACAGGCCACAGAGGUCCUGAACGAGUAUUUCUAUUCCCAUCUCUCGAACCCGUACCCGAGCGAGGAGGCCAAAGAAGAGCUGGCCAAGCAGUGCGGUAUCACUAUGUCUCAGGUGUCCAACUGGUUUGGCAACAAGAGGAUUCGCUAUAAGAAGAACAUUGGGAAGUUCCAGGAAGAGGCCAAUCUGUAUGCCAUGAAGACGGCCUUAGGGGCGACACAGAGCGAGGAAUCCCCCCACACUCCAAACUCCACGGGCUCAGGGUCGUUCUCGCUGUCAGGGUCAGCUGACUGCUUCCUCGGAGUUCCUCCAAUGAACGGAGAGCAGCCAUCUUAUCACAUGGGGGCUCAGGACGCUCAAUCACGCUUCUCAGACAGACUCUAUAGUACCAGAGAGAGCCGGACUAAUGGUAACUGGCAGGAGCAGAACACGCCUCCCUCGGCCACUUCACCCGGCAGCGAUCACUCCGACAACUCUGACUGAUGAACUCCUGCCACCAGGACGAAAGAAUGAUGCUCACUCUUCUACCCUACUGCAGUUUUAGUUAUUCUCAUUUUUGUUUUUAGAAGCUCAUUAUCGGACUGAAAUAUGAGCAGAGAUUUUCCGUGUAAAUCGUUCAUACAGCUGUUCUUAUGAAAAUUGGCGUAUUCCAUUCAAUACGGUAAUUUACAAAAGAAUGGGCCGUAUUCAUGAAGUAAACUGUUUGUAAAAUUGUAUAUUUUUUUUUUGCAUUGACUUCAAUGUGAGCAGAACUGAUUUCAGUCAAAAUGUCUUGUGUGUGUGUGUGUGUGUAUAUAUAUUAAUAUAUAUAUAUGAAUAGUUCAGAUGCAAAAGCCUCUAAGUGCCAUCUGAAAUUUUCAUCUAAAAUUAGGAUUUUUAUCAAGCUCCUAUCCUUAGAUUGAGUCAUUUUACUUUAAUGACAAUGUGCAGGUUCUUUUCCAGGCUAUUAAAGUGAAAUAACUGAACAUAAAUAUAGAAGCCUGAUAAAAAUUCUAAUUUUAAAUGAAAAUCUCAGAUAGCAUUUAGAGGCGUUUGCAUCUGAACUCUUCAUAUAUAUAUAUAUAUAUAUAUAUAUAUAUAUAUAUAUAUAUAUAUAUAUAUAUGUAUAUGUAUAUUUGUGUGUAACACUAAUUUACUUAUUUACUUAAGUUUUUGUUACAGUUCAUGGAGUUUAUGCAUAUGCAUACAUAUAUAUACACACACAUAUACAAAUAUAUAUACCGUAUUUUUCGGACUAUAAGUCACACCUAAGUAUAAGUCACAUCAGUCCAAAAAUACGUCAUGACGAGGAAAAAAACAUAUAUAAGUCGCAGGACCAGCCAAACUAUGAAAAAAAAAGUGCGACUUAUAGUUCAGAAAAUACGGUAUGGUAUAUAAUGUUUGUGGAACUGGUAAAUACUAAUUUACAUCUAAGUUUUGAUUUUACAAACAACUUAAACAUCUGUUGAGCUUUCGUUUCAUGAAUAAGGCCCUUUUUCCGUUUGAAUGAGUGUGUGUGUGUGUGUGUGUGUGUGUGUGUGUGUGUGUGAGAGAGAGAGAGAGAGAGAGAGAGAGAGAGAGAGAGAGAGAGAAGUGUUGGAUGAGAUCAUGGCGUAUACUUGCCGUCAUGUAUGUUAUUUCACUUUUCCACUACAUUACAACUUCCACUAUUUGUUACUGCAAUAUCUGGGUGUUGAAAGGGGAACUUUUUAAACUGCAUUAAGACUGCUUUCAUUAUAGUUAUUAUAUUAUUAUUAUCACUGCUUUAUAUUGUUUAUUCAGAGCUCAGAUAGAAUUGGCUUUGGUGAAGGGGGCAAUAGAGAAAAAUCCAAAGAUUGUUGGUUUGUGUGUGUGUGUGUGUGUGUGCUUUUCUCUUUUUUUACUGAGUUUGUGUGUGCAUCAGUUAAAUGAAUGAGGUGUGUUUGCUGUCUUUAUUUCCCGUUUGAAUGAGUAUAUCAACAGUGCUGUCUUUUCUCUGUACAGUGAAACACCUGUAUUCUCUACCUCUUUUACAAUAAAGACUGUCUGUGUACACAUUCA